UGGCCCUUCUGGAUACGUAUGACUGUGUGUGUGUGUGUGUCGUAGGCGCUCGUGUGUAAAAGUUGAAGAACCGCAAUCUCCAAGCACUCACGUACUCUUUCUCUCGUUAACAUUCAGUCGGCGUAUGUCACUGUGCAUACAUAUCUUAACAACAACUCAAUAAGCAUAAGGCAGUACCAGUUGGCCGAUCACAAUGUCGAAUUUACCGCGUGUGGACAUUGACCAGCCGAAAUUCGAUCAGAGCACCUAUUUCGGGCGUGCCAAGCAUUUCUUUUUGGUCACCAAUCCUCUGAACUUAUUCGCCUCCAAUGAGGAACUGGAGAGGGCCCGUGAUAUCGUCACCAAGUACCGUGCCAACCAGCCAUUGCCUGAUGUCAAGUCUAUCGACGAGGUGUGGAGGGCGAAGUAUCUAUACGACUCGGCUCACCACCCGGAGACCGGCGAGAAACAGAUAAUCGUAGGCCGAAUGUCCGCUCAGAUGCCAAUGAACACAUUCAUCACUGCCGGGAUGAUGACCUUCUACAAAACCACGCGGGCGGUUGUCUUCUGGCAGUGGUUCAAUCAAACGUUCAACGCCAUUGUCAACUAUACAAACCGUUCGGGCACCUCACCAAUUAGUCAAUCACAACUGAUUACCUCCUACUGCCUGGCAACGGGCGGCGCCCUAGCCACAGCGCUCUCCCUCAACCGUGCCGUAAAGAAUAUGAGUCCAAUCUUUGGGCGCCUGGUGCCUCUUGUGGCGGUAGCAGCCGCUAAUUGCAUCAAUAUUCCUUGCAUGCGCAUGCAGGAGCUACGCAAUGGAGUUGCACUUCUGGAUGCAAAGAAUAAGGAGGUGGGUAUUUCAAAGAAGGCCGCCUUCGUGGGCAUUUCAGCCGUUGUGAUUAGUCGAAUCUCCAUGGCUAUUCCUGGAAUGACUUUGACUCCUCUGCUGAUGAAUAAACUGGAGAAGAAUGGCUUUCUGAAGAAAUACCCCAGAUCCAAUGCUCCCAUUCAAACGCUCUUCUGCGGCUUUAUUCUGAUCUUCUCCACGCCCAUGGGCUGCGCGUUCUUCAGCCAGCGUGCUGCUAUCAAAGUGAACGACCUGGAGCCAGAAGUGCGCGACCAUCUAAAGAAGGAGCGUCCCGACUUGGAUACGGUUUGGUAUAACAAGGGCUUGUAAGUCAGAACAAAUUAAGGUAAAAAAGAAGAGAAAAUUAAUAAUGUAAAAGU